AUGCAUGCCAAGAUGUUUGCUGGCCUGUUACUGACCAUUCUUCUCAGCAUCAGCUUCUUAAGAUCUGAAUCUCAAGCAAAAGUUAUUCCAGGACCGGACAGGAUGCAAAGAGGUGUGGGACUUGUCAGGCGGGACUGGCCAAUGCAGCUGUCUCAGGACCAGAAGCAUUUGAUCUCCCAGUUCUUGCCUCACCUGUAUGCCUCUGAACUUGCUGCUAUGGGGAAUAAUCUGAAUGAGGACGAUACGCAUUUUCCAAACUGGAUGGAUUUUGGACGAAGAAGCUCUGAAGAUCAGGAUGGAGAUGCCUAA